AGGCUGCUGGGCUUUCAAACUUUGUUUAGGGCUUAAGAGAGGAGGCUGCCCUCUGAACGUUAAGAGUCUGCGGGUGUUGACACAACUUGAAAGAAACACGACGGACAGAGCUCAGCCCUUUCUCCCUCCCCUUUCCCUUCACUUCCCUCCCACUUUUCUCUCUCACUCUAAAGAGCUCUCAGUCUCUGCACUCUCCUUCAUUUCCCGCUUCAACAUGUUGGCAGGAGGAGAAAGGGGAGGAUGCUGCGCUCUACUCUCGGUGCGUUCCUGCCACCCCUCCGGUCAGCGCACGCUGCCUCUGACUCAGACUCAGCCUCAGCUUUCAGUUGUCUCCGCCUGAAGGACUUUAGAGAGGAGGUGGAGGAGGAUCCAAAGGAUACGCUGGAGAUCAGGAUCUCUCACGCCGGGGUCCCCAGAAACAACAACUGCAGGGGAGCAGAACGGAUCCACUGCUCCCCAUCUGUGGUGGAAACUACAAAUACCUCAGCGGUGAACACCGCCUCUGCCCCCUGUAGUUUCUCUCCCUCCUUCUCCUCCUUCUCAACUCCAAGAUCCAUGUGGCAGGAGGCAAUAAGGAGGAAGCGGUAUCUCCUGGACCGGGCAGGGGGGUCUGGCGAAGGUGAUAAAGGAGGAGGGGGAGGUCAGCAGAGGAGGAACAGGUCUCCGGAUUGGCUGUAUGAGUCCUACUACUGUAUGAGCCAGCAGCAUCCUCUGAUUGUGUUCCUGCUGCUCAUUGUGAUGGGAGCCUGCCUGGCUCUGCUGACCGUGUUCUUUGCUUCAGGACUGAACGUGGAAGACCAUGUGGCCUUCGUAAUCACUGUGCCCACAGCUCUGGCUAUUUUCUUUGCUGUGUUUGUUCUCGUCUGCAUUGAGUCCAUCUUCAAGAAGCUCCUGCAUAUCUUCUCCUUGGUCAUCUGGGCCUGCUUGGUGGCCAUGGGUUACCUUUUCAUGUUCUCUGGUGGGAUCGUGUGUCCAUGGGAUCAGGUGUCAUUCUUCCUCUUCAUUGUGUUUGUGGUUUAUACCAUGUUGCCGUUCUCAAUGCGGGACGCCAUCAUCGCCAGCGUCCUGACCUCAGCCUCUCACACCAUUGUGUUGAGCGUGUGCCUGUCCACCACAGCUGAUCACAUGGAGCCUGUAGUGUGGCAGAUUUUGGCAAAUAUCAUCAUCUUCAUGUGUGGCAACAUGGCGGGGGCUUACCACAAGCACCUCAUGGAGUUGGCCCUUAAACAGACCUAUCAGGACACCUGCAACUGCAUCAAGUCCCCAAUUAAACUAGAGUUUGAGAAGAGACAGCAGGAGCGUCUCCUGCUGUCUCUGCUGCCAGCUCACAUCGCUCGGGUGAUGAAAGCUGAAAUCAUCCAGAGACUUAAGGGUCCUAACUUUGGCCAGAUUGAGAACACAAACAAUUUUCACAACCUCUAUGUCCAGAGGCAUACUAACGUCAGUAUCCUGUAUGCUGAUAUUGUGGGAUUUACUCGGCUGGCCAGUGACUGCUCACCUGGAGAGCUGGUGCACAUGCUGAAUGAGCUGUUUGGCAAAUUUGAUCAAAUUGCCAAGGAAAAUGAAUGUAUGCGGAUCAAAAUCCUUGGUGACUGUUACUACUGUGUCUCCGGUCUGCCAGAGUCCCUGACGAAUCAUGCCAAGAACUGUGUGAAAAUGGGGCUGGACAUGUGUGAGGCCAUUAAGAAAGUACGAGAUGCUACAGGGGUUGACAUUAACAUGCGAGUAGGUGUGCAUUCUGGGAACGUACUGUGCGGUGUGAUUGGACUUCAGAAAUGGCAGUAUGACGUUUGGUCACACGAUGUCACACUGGCCAAUCAUAUGGAGGCUGGAGGUGUACCAGGGCGAGUCCAUAUCACCUCAGUUACACUGGAACACCUGAAUGGCGCCUAUAAGGUGGAAGACGGGGAGGGACAAGAUAGAGACCUCUACCUGAAGGAGCAUAGAGUGAUCACUUACCUUGUUAUCAACCCAAAGGUGGAGCGUAGGAGUCCACAGCAUCAUUACAGACCCAGACACACGCGUGACGAUGCAAAGAUGAGGGCGUCUGUCAGGAUGACCCGCUACCUGGAGUCCUGGGGGGCAGCCAAGCCCUUUGCCAACCUGCACCACAGAGAUAGCAUGACUAAUGAGAACGGGAAGAUCAGCACUGCUGAUGUGCCGAUGGGGCAGUAUCACUUCCAGAGGAGAUCAGAAAGGACAAAGUCUCAGAAGAAACGUUUCGAAGAGGAACUUAAUGAGAGGAUGAUCCGGACCUUUGAUGGAAUAAAUGCACAAAAACAGUGGCUCAAGUCCGAGGACAUCCAGAGAAUAUCUUUAUUCUUUCACAACAAAUCCUUGGAGAAAGAGUACAGAGCAACAACUUUACCGGCCUUCAAGUACUAUGUCACCUGCGCCUGUUUGAUCUUCUUCUGCAUUUUUAUUGUGCAGAUUCUCGUCCUUCCAAAGACAACUGUCUUGGGAAUAUCAUUUGGAAUGGCUUUUCUCAUCCUUUCCUUGAUCCUCUUCAUCUGUUUCAUUGGACAUUUCUUGCACUGCAGUAAAAGCGCCUCCACUUCUUGGAUGUGGCUGCUGAGGUCAUCAGUCAUUAUUGCCAACAAGCCAUGGCCCCGCAUCACUCUCACCAUGACAACCACUGCUCUAAUACUCAUAAUGGCAGUCUUCAACAUGUUCUUCUUGGAGGAAGAUUUGCUGCCUCGUGUUCCUGUUUACAAUUCAUCCAAUGAAACCCUGUUUUACCCAAGUGGACAACUAAUCACCUUCACAGGAAGAAACAAUUUCUACCUUCCUUAUUUAAUUUACAGUUGCAUUCUGGGUCUCAUCUCAUGCUCUGUUUUCCUGCGGAUAAACUACGAGCUGAAGAUGAUCAUCAUGUUGACAGCAGUGGUGGUUUACAACAUCAUUAUUCUACAAACACAUGCCUCCCUGCUGGAUGAAUACAGCAGAUUUCUCUACAAGACUGAGAGCCUGGACAGACCAGGAGUUCUCAAAAACCUGAAGACCAUGGGCUCUAUCUCCCUCUUUAUCUUCUUCAUCACUCUGCUUGUGCUCGCCCGACAGAAUGAAUAUUACUGUAGGUUAGACUUCCUGUGGAAGAACAAGUUCAAGAAGGAGUGUGAGGAAAUCGAGACGAUGGAGAACCUCAACCGGGUUUUAUUGGAGAACGUUCUCCCUGCACAUGUCGCAGAGCAUUUCUUGGCAAGGAACUGGAAGAAUGAGGAUCUCUAUCACCAGUCCUACGACCUGGUUUGUGUCAUGUUCGCCUCGAUCCCAGACUUUAAAGAGUUUUACACCGAAUCUGACGUCAACAAAGAAGGGUUGGAGUGCCUCAGGCUGCUCAAUGAAAUCAUCGCUGAUUUUGAUGAGCUGCUUUCCAAACCUAAAUUCAGCGGUGUGGAAAAGAUCAAGACCAUCGGCAGCACUUACAUGGCUGCCACUGGACUGAAUGCAUCACCUGGGCCUGAGUACACAUCACAGGAGCGUGACAGGCAGUAUAUGCACAUAGGGACCAUGGUAGAGUUUGCAUUUGCCUUGGUGGGGAAGCUUGAUGUUAUCAACAAACACUCCUUCAAUGACUUCAAACUACGAGUUGGUAUUAACCAUGGUCCAGUGAUAGCCGGAGUCAUUGGAGCCCAGAAACCUCAGUAUGAUAUUUGGGGUAACACAGUGAAUGUAGCAAGCAGGAUGGACAGCACUGGAGUCCUGGGGAAAAUACAGGUGACGGAGGAAACGAGUCGCAUCCUCCUGACCCUGGGAUACAUGUGCUCUUGUAGAGGCAUCAUCAACGUCAAGGGCAAAGGAGAGCUCAAGACGUACUUUGUGCACACAGAGAUGAGCCGCUCACUGUCCCAGGGAAAUGUAAUGCCGUAAGACGGACUCAGAAUAUGCUGAAUAUAUGCAGAAACUACUGUCACAUGGAGGAGAUUUGAUCUCCUCUGUGUUAUUUUUACAGAGACAAAAUGUGAGGAUUGAAGAAUUCAGGUCUGGUUUUAAUGUUACAUUGCAAGUUAUUAAUGCCACAGCUGUAGAAUACAUUUAGUCACUUAUGUUUCUGUAAGUGUAGCAUGUACAGCAAGUAGGCAAUAACCCCUGAAAUAUAUUGUGAUGUGAAUGUUGGAUCCAGAAAAGCCACACUGAUACAAACUGAGUCAGAGAGAGGAAUCUGAAUUGUUCUAGAUCCUGUUCUUAGAGGCUUGUGAUGCUAACUUGAUCUUUGAAGUCUCCUUUAGCCAGUAACAACAACAGAGUGAUUACUUCACAGGAAACAGAUCAUUUUGGAUGUAAAAUAAAACAAAGUGGCAAAUUUUUUUAAACAUCCAGAAGACAAAAAUCUCAGAGUAAACAUUGGAAAUACAAAAACCCAACAUGCAGCUGUCAACAUAAGAGUAAGUUUGAAUGUUACAGAAUAUAGCAGAUGAAACAUGACAUCUGCUACAACCAUUGUUGAAAAGACAAAGGCGGUUCUUGUUUAAUGAAAUGGCCGGUGGACAAGGAGCAACACAUUUGUGUACAUAACUCCAUCGACCUUGUUAGAAGCACCAAGUUUUGGAUGUAAUUUACAGGCAGAAAAGCAUAAAAAACAUUAUCUAUGAAUAUAUUGUGAUAUUCAUACAGGGCCGAUUUCCCCUCGACUAUCUUUGCACUUUUAUCAUCUUGUCUUCAUGGCAUAUGUCUGAUUCUGCAGAGUGGAUCAUAUCUGAGCCAUUAGGAUGUAAAAGUCAAGUUUGGACUGUAACUACUGCAUCAGAAAGUGAUGAAGAUGAUAGAGGGUGAAGAUUUUUAUUGGGAACCCAGAGCCUGAUCUGUGUACAGGGUAGCUUUAGAGUGCUCAUGGUAUGGUGGUUUUGUAACAAAAGAAAAUACUACCAAAAAAGUGUUUUGAUGUUUUGAUGCCAUUGUUUUUGUAAAAACUUCAUUAAAAUUUCUAUGUAUUUCA